AUGGCAACACGCAAUGAAGGUAUUCACAACAAACAAACAGCUCAACUCAAUGAUAGUAAUAUGGAACCUCACGCGGACGAUACACGAACAAAUAUGAGCCGAAUGGAAUCUUCAGCAUCGUUUGAAUCAGCCUAUGAUGCAAAACCCAUGGAUGACCAACAAAUUCAAACAUCAACUCUCCUUCAUCAUCAAAACCAUGAUUCAUUUUCGAAUUCAGAGGACGAUAUUGAAAGAGGACAAGAAAAAGAAAUGGAAUAUGACUAUAAUUCACUCUCUCGGAAGGAAAAAUUUAAAUUAUUUUUGCUUAACUUGAAGAAAGAAUUUAGAGGAAUGUUAGAAAUUGCAUUUCCAACUGUUUUAAUGAAUGUCAGUAACAAAAUAUUGGGAUUAGAAGAUAUGGCUUUUAUAGGACAUUUAAACAAUGAGAAUUAUUUAGCAUCUAGUGCAUUGGCAAAUGCUGUUUUCUUUUGUUUUAGUUUUAUUUCAGUUGGCCUUAUUGGAGGACAAGAUACAUUUGUAGCACAAGCUUUCGGAGCAAAGAAUUUACGAUUGAUGGGCGUAUGGUGGGCACGAAGUUUACUCAUCAUUCUACUCGGAUUAAUUCCAAUUCUCAUCAUGAUGAUCUUUUUAGAGCAAGGUCUUUUACUCAUUCAGAUACAACCAGAAAUUGCCUCUCAUGCAGCCAGCUUUGUUCGAUAUUUAUUACCUGGUCUAUUUCCAUUUGCAUUGUGUCGAAGUACAGCAAGAUUUCUCGUCUCUAUGAAUAUUCGAUUGCCCAAUACGCUCAUUCCCAUGAUGUCCAUAUUUGUGAAUUUUGCAUUGAAUUGGUUAUUUGUUUUUGGAAUUGGUUUUGAAGGAUUUGGAUUUGUAGGUGCAGCCAUAGCAACAUCAUUGGCUAGAUUUUUCAUGUUAUUAUGUUACAUUUAUGUCAUUUUCCAUUACAGAGAUCGCUUAAAAGAAUGUUUCGAAGGAUUCGUUCAAUUCAAGCAAGUAUUGGAAUGGAAAGGAAUUUGGGACUUUUUAAAAUUAUCCAUUCCAGGUACCAUUGCUACAUGUGCUGAAGUUUGGGCCUUUGAAUUCACCAGUAUUUUGGCAAGUUACCUGUCAGCAACUCAUACAGCAGCUCAUGCCAUUUGUCUCAAUAUUGUCUCUCUGUCUUUCAUGUUUCCUUUAGCCAUUUCCACAGCAGCGAGUGUGUUGGUCGGUCAACAUUUAGGUGCUCGUGAACCUUCUCGAGCCAAAUACGCUGCUUAUUUGUGUUUAGUGGUCUCUGCUGUAUUCAUGAUGUUGAAUGGAGUGGUCGUCGGAUCUCUGAGUACCUUAAUUCCAAGAAUUUACACUUCAGAAGAACAAGUCAUUGAUUUGGCUGCAAAAGUCUUUCCUCUCACGUUAUUAUUUGGUGUCUUUGAUGGUGUUCAAGGAACAGCUUCUGGAGUAUUGAGAGGUGUUGGUGCUCAAACCGUUGGCAUGAUUUCAAAUUUAGUGGCCUAUUAUGUCAUCAGUCUACCGAUUGGAGCUGUAUUGGCAUUUGUCGUGAAUAUGCAAUUAGUGGGAUUAUGGUUGGGAUUGACGUUGGGAUUAAUUAUUGUGGCCUUCUCACUCGUGGUAUAUAUUAUUCGAAUUAAUUGGGAACGACAAUCGAAAAUUGCUCAUGAACGAAGUAGUACUGUUGUUGAAAUUUCCACAAAUCAUGACACACAUGAAUUACUCACAAGUACUAUGGAAAUUCCAAUGGAAACCAUUCAUGAAUUGGUUGAUGAGAAUGAAGAAGUGAUUGAGGUUGUUGAACGGAAGGAGGAAGCGUCAGUUCGAGAGGUUUCAACUCAACAAGAAAAAUCACAUCAUGCAAAUGGUACUAUGGAAUGA